AUGUGCGCAGACAGCUCUAUCUCUCUAUCUGCUGAUGCACAGGGCCGCAAUGCACUUCAUCAUUGCCUGUAUGACGACAAAGACUUUGUUCUACAUCCAACCCCAGAAUUGGUUCGAGUGUUACUCAAGGCAGGUGUAAACGCCAAUCAUCAAGAUCGCGAUGGACUAGAUAGUCUGGCCUGGUAUGCAAGCAACCUUUUUUCGAAUGCGGAAGUGGAGAUCAUGGAGCUAUUGAUCACUCACGGCGCCAACUUGAAUUACAAAGACCAGAGUGGACGAAACGUGGCUCACCUUGUCAUGCAAUGUGGUGUCGAAUUCGACUUAGAUGUACUCCUGAUGCUGCUCAAAUACGGUGUGGACGCCCUAGAGGUUGACUACGACGGUCGAGGCAUCGUGCAUCACGCAGCAAUAUCAGGCAACAUAACGGUUGAGCUGUUGUCCUGUCUGAGUGAGUCAUUGCAUCUGAACAUAGCUUCCUUGGACGCAUUUGGGAAGAGUGCCUUUGACUGUGCCAAAGAUACGGGUAGAGAGAUUGCCAAGAAACCUUGGGGGUCCAACAUCUUCCGCGGGAACAGAUGGAGGGACACUGAAAAAGCUUUCUUACAAUAUGCUCGGGAAUACUGUAUCUGA